GCCAUGGCCGAGAUUGAGGGACAAAUUGCCGCCAUAACGCCCGCUGCCGGCCUCACAUGCCUUGGGUAUCCAGCCAUCAGCAGACCAAAGCGACCAUGAGCGCGCUCCAAACACUCCCGAGGUUCCUCCUCCCCCGCCUCAGCUGGCAGGCCCCGGCGGCGGCGGCGGCGGGGAGCGGCGCGGUCAUGUGCCGGCGAUCCCUCGGGAUGCCCCUCCCGGGCGGCCGCGUGCCCGAGAAGCAGCAGCAGCGGCCGUGGGCGGGCCCCGGCAGGCCCUUCUACUCAACUGCGAGCGGCGGACCGAGCCCGAGCCGCGCGCGGCCCAGGUCGACAAGGACGGGCGCCACGCUCCGGCAGCAGCAACAGAGCACGGCGCUGGGCAGGAGGAGAUUCCACGCCUCGGCGCCGGUGCGCCGGGACCACCACUUUGACACGCUCAAGUUCGUGCAGCGCCUCCAGAGCGAGGGGUUCACCGAGGAACAGUCGGUCGCCAUGAUGAAGGUGCUCAACGACGUUAUCGAGGAGAGCAUCCAGAACCUGACGCGGACCAUGGUGCCGCGCGAGGACGCGGCCAAGGCGACGUACACGCAAAAGGUGGACUUUGCCAAGCUGCGCAGCGAGCUGCUGGCGGCCGACUCGACCGAGUCCAACACGACGCGGGCCGCGCACGAGCGGCUGACAAACGACAUCGCAAAGCUCAACUCGCGCCUGCGCGACGAGAUCGGCCGCACCCAGGCCAGCGUGCGCCUGGACCUGAACCUCGAGAAGGGCCGGAUCCGCGAGGAGGCCGUGUCGCAGGAGCUGCGCAUCAAGGAGACGGAGACCAAGAUUGAGCAGGAGGCGGCCGCGCUGCGCCAGCAGCUCGAGCAGGUCAAGUUCCAGACCCUGCAGUGGCUCAUGGGCCUGUGCACUGGUUUUGCGGCUCUCAUGCUCGGUCUCUGGCGUCUGCUCAUGUGAGGAGGCCUUGUAUGCUUCUUGGGAGUUGAUGCCUGUUGCAUAGCGAUGUGUUUGUCCUUUACGCAUACCGCUAUCCCAUAGCGACUGAAUAGGAGACACGUUUAAUAAAUCAGAUGCCAACAGUGGUGUCACGAAUGAACAAUGAAGCUGAACUUGAAAAUAUGAGCCAUGAACGGGUUUGAAUUUGAAGUCGAGGAU